AGCAUUUGGGUCAACCUCGCCGAUGACAGGCGACCAGCACUCACAUCUUUGGUCUAUAAAGAGCGUAGGAAUCUCCAAGGCUUGCAUAUUUGGAGAGCAGCUUGAAGUAGGAACCAUGACCAGUCUUCUGUUAGUCUCUGUGUUGGCGAUUUCAGUUGCCUGCGUGACCUCCUACCAGCAGAACGUAUUGUGGGGUCGUGGCCUCAGCGGUAGCCCCUUAGGUUUUGGCGGUGGUGCAUACGGAAACCAAGGAAGUCUCGAUUACGGAAGCAGUCAUGCCUUCGGCGGUGGCCUGGGAGGAUUGAGCGUAUAUGGAAAUGGAGAGGGAGGCAACGGCGACAGCUUCGGAUUCGGUGGUCCUUAUUCUUCGAACUCUCACCGCCGUUACCGCCAUGCACAGGGAGGCACAGGUGUUCUAGGCAGCGACUUCACUGGUUCUUGGUUUGGCCAGCAACAGCAGCAGCAGCAGCGGCAGUUUGAUUGGUAACCAACCUGGCAAAUAAGAAUACCAACGCUCUCGAGGAGAAAGCUCCUGUACAAUAAACACAUCGAUCCUCUUGCUCACUGAGACAGAC